UCCUCGUUCGACCUUCGCAAGGUGCAGUGUAGCAGGAAACAACGGCAAAUUGUGGCGAACAGUUUGUCGAAUUCUCGUUGAUCUCGUUUUUUUGUGAUAACAAGAGAAACUUGUUGUUGUACGAUGGUGACCGGGGUGGGUGCCACGAUGCCGACAGGCGGUGUCACCGUCGGUGCUACGCCGCCGGCGCAACACGUGCCCCAGGAGGCUGGACAACCCCCUGCCCAAACCACCACCACGACCACGACCACGAGAAGAUCUGGGGAGAAUCGACGGAGUAAUAAACCGAUUAUGGAAAAGCGCAGACGUGCCCGCAUUAACAACUGCCUAAACGAUCUGAAGACCCUCAUACUAGAUGCCAUGAAAAAAGACCCAGCGCGGCACUCGAAGCUGGAGAAGGCGGACAUUCUGGAGAUGACGGUGAAACACCUGGAAACGCUCCAGCGUCAACAGGUUGCCCUGGCAGCGGCGACCGAUCCUAACGUGUUGAACAAAUUCCGCGCCGGUUUCACGGAAUGCGCCGGCGAGGUUGGCAGGUUUCCCGGCCUGGACGCCUCCGUGAAGAGACGUUUGAUGGCCCACUUGGCCUCCUGCCUCGGCCCGGUCGAGGCGAGCAACAACAACGGGCAGACGGCGAAUCAGCAGCCCGUGCAACCGGCGCCACCGACCACCCAGCUCCAAGUGCACAUUCUUCCCCAAGUGGACGCGACGCCGAGGAUCCAGGUGCAGCAAUCGAACGGGAUCUUCUUCACGAACGCGAACGGGAUGGGCCUGCAGCUGGUGCCUACCAGGUUGGAGAACGGCGACAUCGCCUUGGUGCUCCCCGCCGGUGCAAAAGCGACCCCGGUCGCGUCGCCAGCCUCGUCCCCAGCGCCGACCUCGCCCAUGCCGGCUCUGAUCCCGAUCCCCCAGAGAACGGCCAGCACGGCGUCCGCCUCGUCCUCCUCGAGCUCUGCCAGCUCCACGUCCACGUCCGCGGCGAGUCCUGUGGCCUUCGAGGCGCCACCAGCUACCUUCCGCGACCAGCCAGCAGCCUACACCAACGGGAACAGCCACAGGGACGUCGCGACCUCGCCUGCGAACGGUUACACCAGCGAUCCGGAGUUCGAUCCCCGCGUGUACAGCAGCCCGCCUCUUCAGAAACCGCUCGCCCUAGUGAUGAGGAAGAGCGUCGUACGGGAGGUGGAGGAGAAACCGUGGAGGCCGUGGUAAAGAGGGAAGACGAAGGAUUCGAGGCGAAGGAUGUCUGUCCAAGGAUCUCUGUUUGUGUUGGACGUUGUUUAAACACGGAGUCAAAUCGGUCGCGGGUGAGAAUAGACGAUGUAACGAGUCUCGAGUGAUAUAUAUAUUCAUAUAUAUCUAUGUAUAUGUAUAUAUAUAUAUAUAUAUAUGUUAUGUACUUCGGCUUUGUUCGGAAGAGAAGAGUGGUUCCCGAGUAUGUCGAUUAUUCGAGGAGAAAAGAUUCCCGCGUCACGAUCACACGGAUCAUUGUUCCUUACUGUACUGUCGCGUUUCAGAAGUCGUGUUCUUUCGUUAUAAGGGGGUGAAAGGAAGUGUCGCGCGAGCUAGAAGCAUUUCUCUCGCCGUUGGAUGGAUAGAAGAGUUCGAUAUUUCCCGAGUGUCGUGCAGUCGGCCAGUAGCCUAUGAGGCAGUGCCUUAUACAGUGCCUUGUAAAUAUUAUUUUAUCUCAUUCGUUAGAGGAAUCGUAUUCGUCGAAGUAAAGAAAGUUCGUUUCAUUGCUUUGUUGAAUCCAUUUACGUUUCUCGUUAACGCCUGUCCAUUUCGUUUCGUCCCGUUCUUCUCAUUUCUCCCCUUUAUCCAUGUUUUCGCGUUCUAUUUCGUUUCUAUUGUGUAUAUAUCAUUAAACGAAUGUCGUAUUUUAAGUGCCUUACGCAACAAGAAUCACCGAGGUCUUCCAUUCUGUUUCUUGUACGUAGAAAAAAAAAAAAAAAAAAAAACGCCAAGCGAGUGUUUUGUCGUGUACCGUGGUUGUAAUAAGUACGAGGAACGUUUGUAAAAUUAACCGAGAAAUCGCCUAGUUUGUAGAUUAUAUGUUAAGAUUAUGCGUAUAUGAGAGAGAAAGAGAGAGAGAGAAAAGAGAGAGGAGAAUACGAGAGGCUGCAUGUCCGUAUGUACGUAUGAUUGCGUUAAUUUAUAUUUAUAUCGAGUGCGGAGAAAUGAAGUUUAUAAUUCCUCUCUAUCGUGAGAAUAGAAAGAAGAUCGACGCUUAUCAUUGCAAGAGUAUCAAAUAAAUAUUGAUCUCUUUGUCAAAACUUA